UUCAUCAAAAUAUCAGGACAAUGACUCAGUAGGCUGACUCGGAGCCGACUUGGGGGCCAGGCUGAGCCUCAGUGUGAUCUGGUCUCUUCCACAAGGGCAGCGCAGUCUCACUCCGGAGCGCCUUCCUCGCCUUUUUUCCACCGCGCAGUGUACCUUUAAAAGGUUGAACUCGCCAGUGUACGAUCUGCGAGCACUGGAUUGUUUCCCCACUCGGCUCAGCUGUGUGUACCUUCCAGCAGUGACAUGGCAUAGAGACGCUGUGCUGUCAGCAGCAGCAGCAGCAGCAGCAGCAUCCUGCACCAUGGACGCUCUCCGACAGCCGAAGCGGAGCGGAGCCUUCGCCGCGCUGGACACCAUGAUGCCCGUUUGGAUAUUACUGAGCGCGGUGUCAGGACUGAAGGCGGAGGACGGCGGAAUGGAAGAACUUGCCACCGAGAAGGAGGCUGAGGAAAGUCACCGACAGGACAGCGUUAAUUUGCUGACAUUCAUUUUACUGCUGACCUUAACGAUUCUCACCAUAUGGCUCUUCAAGCACAGACGGGUCCGUUUCCUCCACGAAACCGGACUGGCAAUGAUUUACGGUUUGCUGGUAGGUGUGAUUCUGCGGUACGGCAUCCCUGCCACCAGCUACCACAACAAGACACCCCCGAGCUGCUCGCUGAAGGAAGGACCUGUCAGCACCCUGCUGCUUAAUGUCAGCGGCAAGUUCUUUGAGUACACCCUCAAAGGGGAGAUCAACUCCAGGGAGAUUAACAAUGUGGAGCAGAAUGAUAUGCUGCGCAAGGUGACGUUUGACCCUGAAGUAUUCUUCAACAUAUUGCUGCCUCCAAUCAUCUUCCAUGCUGGGUACAGUCUGAAGAAGAGACACUUCUUCAGGAAUCUGGGCUCCAUUAUAACCUACGCAUUUCUUGGCACUGCCAUCUCAUGUUUUGUCAUUGGGAAUCUAAUGUACGGUGUGGUCAAACUGAUGCAAGUGGUUGGACAGCUGACUGACAAGUUCUACUAUACCGACUGCCUUUUUUUUGGUGCAAUAAUCUCUGCCACAGACCCAGUGACAGUGUUGGCCAUCUUUAAUGAGCUCCAUGCCGAUGGGGAUCUGUACGCUCUGCUGUUUGGGGAAAGCGUAAUGAAUGACGCAGUGGCCAUUGUGCUCUCCUCGUCUAUUGUGGCUUACCAGCCCACUGGAGCAAACACACACAUGUUUGACGCCUCAGCCUUUUUCAAGUCCGUGGGGGUUUUCCUGGGUAUUUUCAGCGGCUCCUUUGUGAUGGGUGCAGCCACAGGAGUCGUCACCGCUCUCGUCACCAAGUUCACUAAACUGCACUGUUUCCCGCUGCUGGAGACGGCCCUCUUCUUCCUCAUGUCCUGGAGCACCUUCCUGCUGGCUGAAGCCUGCGGGUUCACAGGCGUUGUGUCCGUGCUGUUCUGUGGCAUCACACAGGCUCACUACACCUACAACAACCUCUCUGCGGAGUCCACAAAACGCACAAAGCAGCUUUUUGAGGUCCUUCACUUCCUGGCUGAGAACUUCAUCUUCUCCUACAUGGGUUUGGCUCUGUUCACAUUCCAGAAUCACAUUUUCAGCCCCAUUUUCAUCAUUGGUGCUUUUAUUGCCAUAUUCAUCGGAAGAGCUUUCAACAUUUACCCGCUGUCCUUCCUUCUCAACCUCGGCAGAAGACACAAGAUCAAGGGAAACUUCCAGCACAUGAUGAUGUUUGCAGGUCUGCGCGGGGCGAUGGCGUUCGCCUUGGCCAUCCGGGACACGGCCACCUACGCCCGCCAGAUGAUGUUCACCACCACGCUGCUCAUUGUCUUCUUCACUGUCUGGGUGUUUGGCGGUGGGACGACGCCCAUGCUGUCCUGGCUACACAUCAGCGCUGGGAAAAGCAAUGCAUUGCAGGAAGAACGACGCAAGUUUGGAAAAUUGGAGUACCUCAGGGUUGGUGUGGACCCAGAUCAAGACCAGCAGCCCUGCGGAGACAGCUUCCAGGUCCUUCAGGGGGAUGGCUCCCAGGCUGAAGGACAGAGUAAAACCAAACAGGAGAGUGCGUGGCUCUUCAGACUGUGGUACACCUUUGAUCACAAUUACCUGAAGCCCAUUCUGACACACAGCGGUCCACCUCUCACCUCCACUCUGCCUGCAUACUGUGGGCCGCUAGCGAGCUGUCUGACCAGCCCCCAGGCGUACGAGAACCACGAGCAGCUGAGGGACCACGAUUCUGACGUCCUCCGUAACGACAGCGACCUGACCUUCACGUUCGGCGACACUGCCAUCACAGCCAACGGGGCUUCAGGUGGUGGAGGGGAUGCGGCCGGCGGGUCAGGCUGGAGCGCGAAUGGCAAAAGGAGCGGCAGCACCUCCGAGGAGGCGCUGGAGCGUGAACUGGACUCCCGCGAGCAGGAGCUGCUGAGCCGCGGCACACGUCUGGUUUUCCCCAUCGAGGAUCACAUCUGACCCUCCAACCUCCAACCUCCCCGCCCUGACCCCCCCCAGACCGCCUCGCCCUCGGCUCUCCUGCGGGCAGAGCGUCCAGUCCUUCAGAGAUAAGACAGAGAAGAGAAGUGGGAGUAGACAAAAGAGGAGGCUCUGAGCUCCCUCCAGGCCUGGGAGCAGAGCUCACUGAGUGUUUCAUCCUCAUUACAGAGCUGGAAUUUAUUCUCCAGGAGACAUGUGUCCUCCAGUCAGGAAAUCAGCUCUCCGUGCUGAUUGUUUCCUCUGCAUAAACAGGAGGGAAAUCUUUAUGCAGGAUGAGAGGACAAAAAAAAAUCAUCAUGCGAGAUUCAAUCUGCACUUUUGAACAUGUGACACUGUGUUCAGCUGGAGUGGAAAACAAGAAGAAGAAAUGAAAAAUUGCCUGGCAGCCCUCUCUCAUCAUGUGAUCUGACCAGAUUCAGAGUGCAUCAGUGAACACUGAGAAAAGUGGCUUCUUCGCAAUCACACCCAUCUAGUUGCUGAGAUGACGCUACACUAACCAAACUGUAAUAGUUUAUAGAUCAGACAAGAGUUCUGUGGUAUAUUUGUACCAUUCAUCUGAAGCUGCUAAUAGGCCAGUGUUUGGUAUGUCUGUGAUGAUGAUGUCCCUUUGUUUCACACAAAAGCAUCUGUGUGUGGAGGAGACUGUGGCAUGUGAGGAGCUCAGAGAGGGACAGUGAGUGUGUGACCCACUCAGCCGCCGCAGCCUCUCAUGGGUGAAGUAACAGGGGCGGAGAAUGUGAGCAUGUAAAUAGCAACAAUACAGAGCUUUGUUCCUCUCAAGUGGGACCGCUUCUUUCAGUGCAUUACGUCCCAUGACUGUUACGAAUCUGUGUAUCUUGUCUCUGAACUGGAUCUUUUUUCUGUGUACAGGGCUGCUUUUCAUAACUAUCCCAUGAAUGAGGAACCGAAGGAUUUUGAUGCUGAUUAUAUUGUUUCUUAUGAGAUAAAGCUGAUUUCCCACAACGUAAAAUAAUAUGAGCUGUGCACUGUAAUAUGGUCAUGGAGCAAUUUCAACACUAUAAAAUAAAGAGAAGAGGCCAGUUGCACAAAACACCCUUAAGUCUUUUCCUUAAGGUUUCCUUUAAAUGUUUACUUAUGUAUUUAUGCUUUUCUCCAUGUCUAGCUCUUAUACUGAAGGCAUUACUAAAGACCUUAGCAACCAAAGCAAGCUAAAAAAAACCCUUAAGGUACCUCUGUCUCUAUCUUCACUGCAACACCAUCGAGUUUGUGGUGAUAAGUGAAAAAAACGAACACACUAGGAGAACCCAAUGGAUAUGCUUUUGAUUUUAGACCUUAGAUUUGACUGAAUUCAUUUUUGUUGCAAUUUCUUCCUACAAUUGUCUAGUAGUUGGGAUCAAAUUUACUUAGUAGUUUGUGCUUUCUAUGAUUGUAUCCCUCCAGAAGUUUAAUCUUUUCCUCCUCUGACCAAUAUCGUUAUUUUCUUCUGCCACUUUUCACCAUUGGCCAACUUUGUGAGACGAAAACAGGUGUCAAAAGCCCAAGCAAACAGAUAAUCUCCACAGAAACCUUACUGCUAUUAAAUCUCCUUCAAUGCAAUAAAUGAGUUAAUGUUUUUCCUAAGGAAACCUUUUAAGGGAUUCUGUGCAACUGUGUAAGCCCCUCAGUUAAAGAGAAAGUAAGCCUUAAGGAGAAAACUUGAGGUGUUUUGUGCUACCCAUCCUAGGCCUUCAUCGUAGUUUGUAACCCUUUGCAAAAAUUUUAUAUUAUAUACUUAUUUUAAAAAGAAUUAAAUGAUCAGAUGUAGAGCUGCAACGAUUAGUCGAUUAAGUGAUAAGGUGAUGAACAGAAAAUUAAUUAGCAACUAUUUUGACCCAUCAAAUAAUCAUUUUAGUCUUUUUUUUAAGCAAAAAAAGCCAAAUAUUUUCUGGUUUCAUGCCUCUUAAAUGUGACAAUUUGCUCAUUUUCUUUGUUUAACAUGAUAUUUAACUGAAUAGAUGUGGAGGUUUGGACUGUCCGUAGGAUAAAACAAACCAUUUCAAGACUACUCCUUGAGCUGUGACUGUCUUCUGAUAUUUUAUUCACAAAACGAUUGAUUGAUAACAAGAAUAACUGUUAUUUAUGGACCUAAUUGGAUGCAUCCUUUUAUGAUGGGCUGCAACUAAAAAUAAUUUUCAUUAUCAAGUAAUCUGUUGAUGAUUUUCUGGAUUAAUUGAUGAGUCAUAGUCUAUAAAAUGUCAGAUGAUCGUAACGAAUGAUAAAUCCCAAUUUACCAGAGCCCAAAGAAAUAUUUGCUUUGUCCAAAAUCCAAAAACAUUUAAAGGUUGCAAAGUACGUCUUCAAACUCCAUCAUUAAUUAGAUUUUUAAACUUAAAGUGUUCAAACUUCAAAUGCCAAAUAAAGGGGAACAGCCACUGAUACCAAACGCUGACCAUCAGAGAUUAAAAAAAGGAAAUGCUCGCAUAUAAACUCACUGUGCUGUUUACCCUGAGUAUCAACCUCAUGUGCAAGUGUUGAAAUUGUUAACACUUAAACAAGAUGAUGAUGUGAGCUGUUCUCAUAAAUCAUCAGUAAACAGGUCAUUGAUUAGAUAAUUUGCAGAAUAAAUGUCUCACAAAUCAUUCUUAAACCUUAGUUCAUCGGUUAACGUGAUAUUUUUUUAACUUUUUAAUAGACAUAGAUUCCUAAUUUGUGUUGUCCUGUUCCUGUUUGAAGCCUCUUU